AUGGGAGGAGUUGUUUUACUUGUCAGGUUUCUAAGCAUUGCUACCAUUAUCAUUUGUUUAUGCAAUGGAAAUCUGGGUGUGCCUUAUGGCAAAGAAAUCGAGAGACGAGCCCUUUUGAUGUUCAAGCAAGAGCUUAAUGAUUCUUCAAAUCUGCUUUCAUCUUGGGUUGGUGAAGGAGACUGCUGCAAUUGGGCUGGAGUUGUCUGCCACAACUUAACCGGUCACGUCCGCAAGCUCCGCCUUGGUAGUUACUAUUUGAGCGGUAAGCUAAAUCCUUCUCUGCUCAAUUUAAAGAAUCUCAAUUACUUGGACUUAAGCAAGAAUAGCUUUGACGGAAGCCAGAUUCCAGACUUCUUCGGUUCUCUUGCAAGUUUAAGAUAUCUUGAUCUCUCACAAGAAGAUUUUCAGGGAGUGAUUCCUCAUCAACUGGGAAACCUCUCUAGUCUACACCAUCUCGAUCUCCACGGUAACUAUUUUGAUGUUAAUAACCUUCAAUGGAUUUCUGGUCUCUCUCUGUUGCAGUACUUGGACAUGCAUGGUGUAAAUCUUAGAAAAGCAUCUGACCGGUUGCAGGAGACAAACAUGCUCCCUUCUUUGGUAGAGUACUUAGAUAUGUCUGAUUGUGGACUUCAUCACAUACCAGGUGGUAUUGCCAACAUGACUAGUCUUAGAGUUCUUAAUCUUCAGAGGAACUCUAUCAGUUCUACCAUACCAAAAUGGUUGUACAGCUUUAGCCAUCUUGAAUACCUCAUUCACUCAGACAAUCAUUUGCAUGCUGAUAUUUCAAGUUCCAUUGGAAACUUGACAGCCCUUGUCAAUCUUGAUUUCAAUCAUAAUCAACUUGGAGAGAAAAUCCCAAAUUCAUUGAAAAAUCUCUGUAAGUUGACUGUUUUUGAUCUGUCCUGGAACGAUGUUAGCGGAAGGGUAUCAGAAAUCUUUGAAAGUUCUUCUAGCUGUAAUUCAAGUCAACUAGAGUCUUUGAGCUUAUCCUAUAAUAAUCUUUCUGGAGAGUUCACAGAUGAGCUAGGAAAUUUUAAAAACUUAGCCGUCCUUGAUCUUUCUAGUAAUUCAAUAUCUGGUCCCAUUCCACCGUCCAUAGGAAGUCUGUCAUGCUUAAAACUAUUAAAGAUUUCUAAUAAUUCAUUGAUGGGUGAUGUCUCUGAAGUCCAUUUUACUAAUCUAACAAGAUUAGAGGAACUUCAUGCAAAUGAUAAUUCAUUGACUCUGGAAACCAGUAGAGGUUGGCUUCCUCCUUUUCAACUUUUCAUGUUGCACUUAAAUUAUUGGCAUCUGGGACCGGAGUUGCCGAGAUGGCUUCAGAGUCAAACGCGCUUGGAGGAACUAAGCAUAUCCAAUACAGGAAUCUCUGGUACCAUUCCAAUCUGGUUUUGGAACUUUUCUUCUCUGGCAUUUGUGGAUCUCUCUCAAAAUCAAUUGUACGGGCAGGUUCCAAGAAUAGUUACUGCCCCUUCAGCAAUGGUUGACCUAAGCUAUAACAAUUUCCGCGGUUCAUUACCUCUUGUCUCCUCCACAGUUGCUGUGCUAGAUCUUUCCAAUUCAUCAUUCUCCGGAUCUAUCUUUCACUUUCUUUGUGACAGGACAGAUGAAUCAAAGCAGCUCACAAGUCUUUAUCUUGGCGACAACCAUCUCACAGGAGAGAUUCCUGAUUGUUGGAUAAAUUGGAAAAACUUGAUCGUGGUCGAUUUAGAAAACAACUAUUUAACCGGGACCAUUCCGAGCUCCAUUGGACACUUAAUUUUCCUCCAAUCACUGCAUUUACGCAAUAAUCACCUCUCUGGAGAAUUGCCUCUGUCACUGCAGAAUUGUAGGAACUUGCUACUUAUUGACGUUGGAGAGAACAAUUUUAUUGGAAGCAUACCAACAUGGAUAGGGAAAAGCCUUUCACAAUUGAUGGUUCUCAUCCUUCGUUCGAAUAAGCUUCAUGGAGAUAUUCCUUAUGAACUCUACAAUCUCCCAAGUCUUCGAAUCUUGGACCUCACACAUAAUAAUCUUGUCGGGACAAUACCAAUAUGUUUCGGCAAUUUUAGAGCGGACUACCGAGUUAAAAUGGAGCGAUUCAUCUUCAUUCUUCAGAUAUGCAUGGUUUUUAUGGCAAGUACAAAGAUAAUGCGAUCUUGGUUAGGAAAGGUAGAGAACUUACAUAUAGCACAUUGCUUACUUUGGUAA